UGUCCCGCGCGGGCAGAACUUCCGUCAGAGCCGGAAAACUCUUUCCCUCGCGUUGUUUAAGAGGCUCCUGGCUGCAGGUUGGGGAGGGAAGGUCCAGGACGGCCCCGGGGACUCCAGGGCGUCCGGCCCACGACCUGUCCUUGGCGCCAUGGGUGUGAUAGGUAUACAGCUGGUCGUUACCAUGGUGAUGGCCAGUGUCAUGCAGAAGAUUAUACCUCACUAUUCUCUUGCCCGGUGGCUACUCUGUAAUGGCAGUUUGAGAUGGUAUCAACAUCCUACAGAAGAAGAAUUAAGAAUUCUUGCAGGGAAGCAGCAAAAAGGGAAAAGCAGAAAAGAUAGGAAAUAUAAUGGUCACAUUGAAAGUAAGCCACUGACCAUUCCAAAGGAUAUUGAUCUCCAUCUAGAAACAAAGUCAGUUACAGAAGUGGAUACUUUAGCAUUGCAUUAUUUUCCAGAAUACCAGUGGCUGGUGGAUUUCACAGUGGCUGCUACAGUUGUGUAUCUAGUAACUGAAGUCUACUACAAUUUUAUGAAGCCCACACAGGAAAUGAAUAUCAGCUUAGUCUGGUGCCUGCUUGUUUUAUCUUUCGCAAUCAAAGUUCUAUUUUCAUUAACUACACACUAUUUUAAAGUAGAAGAUGGUGGUGAGAGAUCAGUCUGUGUUACCUUUGGAUUUUUUUUCUUUGUGAAAGCAAUGGCCGUCUUGAUUGUAACAGAGAAUUAUCUGGAAUUUGGACUCGAAACAGGGUUUACAAAUUUUUCAGAUAGUGCGAUGCAGUUUCUUGAAAAGCAAGGUUUAGAAUCUCAGGGUCCUGUUUCAAAACUUACUUUCAAAUUUUUCCUGGCUAUUUUCUGUUCACUCAUUGGGGCUUUUUUGACAUUUCCUGGAUUACGACUGGCUCAAAUGCAUCUGGAUGCCCUGAAUUUGGCAACAGAAAAAAUUACACAAACAUUACUUCAUAUCAACUUCUUGGCUCCUUUAUUUAUGGUUCUGCUCUGGGUAAAACCAAUCACCAAAGACUACAUUAUGAACCCACCAUUGGGUAAAGAAAGUGUCCCUUUAAUGACAGAAGCUACAUUCGAUACUCUGCGACUCUGGUUAAUAAUCCUGCUGUGUGCUUUGCGGUUGGCCAUGAUGCGCAGUCACCUGCAAGCUUACUUAAAUUUAGCCCAGAAAUGUGUGGAUCAGAUGAAGAAAGAAGCAGGGCGGAUAAGUACAGUUGAGCUACAGAAAAUGGUGGCUCGAGUCUUUUAUUACCUUUGUGUCAUUGCCCUGCAGUAUGUGGCACCUCUGGUAAUGCUGCUUCACACAACUCUGCUUUUGAAAACACUAGGUAAUCAUUCCUGGGGCAUAUAUCCAGAAUCUAUCUCUGCCUUGCCAGUGGAUAAUAGUCUACCCUCCAACUCUGUUUACUCUGAAUUACCAUCUGCUGAUGGGAAGAUGAAGGUAACUGUUACACAAAUAACAGUGACACUGAGCAGCUUAAAAAAUAUUUUCACUCCUCUGCUUUUUCGAGGACUUCUGUCUUUUCUGACCUGGUGGAUUGCUGCUUGUCUCUUUUCUACAAGCCUUUUUGGGCUUUUCUAUCACCAGUAUCUGACUGUGGCAUGAAUCUCAGUUAACAAAAAAGGAUAUCCAAGUCACACUUUGAAUUGAAAUGCUUGUGCCCUUGAAGGGCUGUCGGAAACCAGAAGAAAGCAAAUACAAAGGAAAAAAACAUAUCAGAGUAUCUUGUUUUAAAUGCUUCCUCUGUAUUCUCAGGGUGAAUCAAUGGUAUAAUAUUUAAAAUUACAGAGUAGAUUAUUAACUGCUAUACUGUGGCAUUGGAAUUUUAACUCCUUGUAUUAACUGAUGUGAGAGGGCUAUCUACAGGGGUAAUACUUUGAUUACCUUGGUUUACAGAAACCUCCAGCAGUCUUUGAAACUUCUCAUAUGACUCCAGUUAUUGAUUAAUUGUUCUUAAUGGUGUAAAGGUACUGUUAAUACUCAUAGUGGCUGCCUAUAUAGUCUUCAAACUGAGCCAUGCUUUGGGAGAGGGAAAGGAGCUAGAGUCACUUCUGUUGGUAACCUUUCAAACAACAAUAGCAAAAUCCAACAGAAAGGAAGAAAUAGCUACUGUAUAUUACAGUAAAAAAAAGCUGCAUAGUUAUUUUAAAUUUAAAGCAGAUGUACAUGCUUAAUAUCUAUAAGUACUGCUGCUUGAGAGUAGCAAGAGUAUUAUUUUAAAAUAUAUUCUGUCCAACUUGAGGGAUCUUUUAAAAUGAUUGGCCAUAUGAAUAUUUGCAGUCUAAUAGGCUUGGAACUCCCAUAUUUUAUUUUAUUUUCUGUGAUCCUAAAUACAGUUCUUUUAAUAGUCUAAAGAUAUUUAUCAAUAUUGAUCAGACUUUAAAAAGUUACUUUAAUCCUGCUGACUACCUGUAUGUAUUGUAUUGUAUAUAUAUUAUAUAUUAAAUAUAUAAUAUAUUGAGAUUAUAAAAGGUGAAAAUAUUGGAUCCUUAUAAUAUUUUAAGUUGCUGAAUGUAUAUUAAAUGUGAUUGAAUGAGCUGUGUUUGUAUCUAGAAAUUUUCUUUCUUUUUGGAAUGAGAUUAAAAUACAUUUUGAAAGUUCA